GAGUUUGCCACUCUGACCAAAGAGCUGAAUGUGUGUCAGGAGCAGCUGCUGGAGAAAGAAGAGGAGAUAUCUGAACUGAAAGCUGAGAGGAACAACACCAGGGUAAGAGUGAGUGUGUGCAUGCGUGCAUAAGUGGUAUAUAACCUGUGUAUAAUAUGUGUGUAUAACCUGUGUAUAAUAUGUGUGUAUAACCUGUGUAUAAUAUGUGUGUAUAACCUGUGUAUAAUAUGUGUGUAUAACUGUAUAAUAUGUGUGUACAACCUGUGUAUAAUAUGUGUGUAUAACCUGUGUAUAAUAUGUGUGUAUAACCUGUGUAUAAUAUGUGUGUAUAACCUGUGUAUAAUAUGUGUGUAUAACCUGUGUAUAAUAUGAGUGUAUAACAUGUGUAUAAUAUGUGUGUAUAACCUGUGUAUAAUAUGUGUGUACAACCUGUGUAUAAUAUGUGUGUAUAACAUGUGUGAUGUCUCUGUCCUAGCUUCUCUUGGAGCACCUGGAGUGUCUGGUGUCUCGUCACGAGCGCAGUCUGAGGAUGACGGUGGUGAAGAGACAGGCUCCUCCCCCCUCUGGGGUCUCCAGCGAGGUGGAGGUCCUCAAGGCCCUCAAGUCCCUGUUCGAACACCACAAAGCCCUGGACGAGAAGGUGUGUUUGUACCUUUAUCUCACUGCAAACCAGGCUUUUAUUCCAAACUAACACUGCGGUUGUGUGUCUUACAGGUGCGUGAGAGGCUUCGGGUGGCUCUUGAGAGAGUGACUACACUGGAGGGACAGUUAUCAGCCACAACUCAGGAG